GAACGUUCGGUUUUAAUGGUUUGUGUUGCAAUGGGAAAACAACCAGCCAGCCAGCAGCCAUGAUCGUCAUUCGCUGCUCGGUUCGCUGUCAGUUGGCAAGGAGAGCUGAAAGAAAGUGCUAAAUACGGUUCCGUGGAUGACCAAGUGCAAUCGAUAGUUUUUGUGUGUUGUACAACAGCUGAAUAAACUGUUAUUAUCUGGUUUGUGAUUAUCGCUCCUUAUCAGGUUGGUUCUACAGUAAUGACCGAAUAUCAACGCAGUAAUAUUUGAAUUUAGUCUAGUCGGUUGAAACAAUUAUGGCAACAAAUAGGCGAAAGUCGAAGAAAAAGUGUCUAAAUGUUACGAAAGAAGAUAGUGCUAAGUGAUAAAAUUGUACGGGCAAAAAGUGUUGCUUUCAUUUUGUGUUUCAUUUUCUUAAUCGAAUCGUAAGAAGGCCAAACCAGAUCUAUGUGAAGAGCGAGAGGAAAAUUUCCUUUGUUGUCGCAGUUGGUCCGUUGUCUGUGUUUCAUUUUGCUAUGUUCCGGAAGUUCUCAUAAACAUUAUCGAUUCAUGUAUGUUGUAUUCGCCUGCUGUUCUACAUUUUCUCUGCUGUGCUGAUGCUUGUAGUGUGAACAAAUCGUAAAUUAUUCACGGUGAAUUUUCAGUGCUAAGCAAAGGGUUAACGAAGGUGUUCGUUGGUUCAAGAUCGGAACGGCUAGUGGACACAAUUGCGUAGGGUAAACACUGUGAAUCUUCGGAGCCUUCUGCAAACAUAAGCCCUGCUGGAUUGGGAAAUCAACAAUAAUGUAAUUGGUGUGAUGGUGCAAUUGGCCACUGCUUGUGAAACCCCACAGCGACGCCAACGACAACAACGACGACAACGGCGGUGGCGGUGACGGCAACGAAGGCAGCCGACGGUGAGCGAGUAGAUUUGUGUUGUGCACUUUGGAUUGGUUGUUAUACACAGAGCCCCGAUCGUAAUAAUCGCAAUACGUCACGAUCUAUUGGAGUCUGUGCGCUGCUAGAUGCCUGCCGAACAACCAACGCUGGAAGGGGCAAGACGGUGUUGAUGAUGAUGAUGAUGAUGAUGAUGAUGAUGAUGGUUAAGAUGGAGCAGAAGUAGAGUGCAAUACAAGCAAAAGGUAGCGAAGAAAAGUUGAUAUUUUGGCUGCUUUUGGGGCUUCGAUGAUCUGUGCAAUCCCAGGAUAGUGAGUGGAUGUAAUGUGCUGAAACAACAAAAGAAGAGAUACAGAAGGGGGGAAAAAUGAUGAAAGAAAAGUUUAUUUCGAAGAACAGUGGCGAACAGUGAAGUGAAGAGAAAAAUAACUUGUGCAAAAGUAGUGCGACCGUGGAUUUUUUUUGCUUUUGGUGGAUUGUCAGAGAGUACAUGCCGCUUGGAGUAAAAAGGUGCUGAUUUGAUAUUUCAAAUGAAGGCUAUUAGCUUUACAUCAACAGCGAAAUCCGACUCCACAAAAAGGCUACACCGCAGCACGAUAUAGAUCUCAACACUGGAAGUUUUUUGACGCGGCCAUACGGCAAAGGAUGCUGGAACUUGUGCAGCGCCAUUUAAAAAAUAAUUCCAAGAAACAGAUUCACACCGGAACCCGUGGGUUCAUUUGCCGAACAUAGUGCCGACCGUGUGACGACAGCUGCGGUGAGAAAUAAGUGCGUUUUAGUAGACGGUUUCCGUUUAGAUUCCAAUGAAGAUGACAUCCUCGAAUUCCACAACGGCAAACGACGGAGGGUCGUCGAACAACAAUGCACAUCGGAAAGGUCACAGACGGAAUGAGUCCAUGUAUGCGAUGACCGGUUUGUACUCGGAGGCACAAACAGACGACAGCAGUGCUGACAUUCCCCAGGAUACCGAGUCGGAAUCGCUGCCGGUUUCGGUGAACACUGCCCCGAUAGACACCGUGGUCAAGUGCCACAGCCGGCAACCUUCGAACAGUGUCAUGAUGAUGGAACGUGAUAAACCAAUACCGAAUAUGUUGCUCGCCAGCGAAGACUACAGCCGUGAUUGUGGAAUUCUGAGCUGUCGGCCGUUGCCACUGCAGAAAUUUGCCCGAAUCAAGGUGUUCGUGUUACUGCUAUCCAUCCUGGUGACCCUGCAGCAGGCCCUGAGUUCCGGUUAUAUCAACUCGGUUAUCACGACCAUCGAAAAACGCUUCGAGAUUCCAUCGAGUCUGUCCGGUCUGGUGGCGUCCAGCUAUGAGAUAGGCAAUGUAAUCACCGUAAUUUUCGUAAGCUAUCUUGGCAGUCGCAGGCACAUUCCGGUGUGGAUUGGGAUCGGUGCGGUGAUCAUGGGAAUUGGUUCUUUGGUUUUUAUGAUUCCUCACUUUUCCGGUGAGCCCAACCCAGGUGUUAUGCUUGACAAUAAGACUGCUGAUAACAUUUGUCGGCUUGUAUCAGUACGGGAGCAGGACAUGGGCCUUGGCCGGUUGUCCAACAGUCUUUCCAAUCCUCCGCUGACAACCCAUAAUCUCAGGGGCGACAACUGCCUGAAGAGUAAAGCGUCCACCUUCGGACCCGUGAUACUGUUUGUGAUAGCGCAAAUCCUACUCGGUGGGGGUGGAAGCCCAUUGUUCACGCUGGGCACUACCUACGUCGAUGAUCACGUGCGGAAGGAAAGCUCUUCCAUGUAUAUAGGUGCAAUGUACAGUAUGGCUGCUUUCGGGCCUGUGUUGGGUUUCUUACUAGGAGCGUAUCUGCUUUCGUUUCACAUGGAUGCGUUCUCCGGGAAUCAUAUUAAUAUAGAUCCCGAUGAUCGACGGUGGGUGGGCAUGUGGUGGGGUGGUUUCCUCAUUUGCGGAAUCUUGCUUACACUCGUAGCAAUUCCAUUUUUCUCUUUUCCGAAGGUUCUCACUAGAGAAAAGAAGAAAAUUCGGAUCGCCGAGCAAAAAUUACCCCAGCUGCAGCAAUUAUCGGCCAAUAAUUCUGGCAGUUUGUCUCGACCACAGCAAAAUCAAUCACUGCAGCAACAACAACAACAACAACAACAACAGCAGCAGCAAUCCCAGGCCCAAAACCAACAGCAAUCAGGGAACGGAAGUGCCGGUCAGCCUGGUACGAACAAGUCAGGCGAGGAUAGCGGAUAUGGAAAGGAUAUUAAAGACAUACCACUGUCCAUGUGGCGCCUAGUUUCCAAUCCGGUCUAUAUCGUCACUUGUUUGGGGGCCUGCAUGGAGCUCAUGAUUGUGUCCGGCUUCGUGGUAUUCCUGCCCAAAUAUCUUGAAACGCAGUUUAGCCUGGGGAAAAGUCAGGCCAGUGUCUUCACCGGUUCGAUUGCUGUCCCGGGAGCGUGCAUAGGCAUAUUUAUCGGUGGCUGCAUUCUGAAACGGUUCCAGCUGAAGCCCAAGGGAGCGGUGCAAUUCGUGCUGGUUUCCAAUCUCGUGUGUCUGUCCUGCUACGGGCUGCUGUUUUUCCUUGGAUGCGAAAAUCUGAAAAUGGCCGGAACAACCAUACCCUACUAUAACAGCUCGCCGGCACAUAGUGUAGAACCGUUCCAAGUGAAUCUGACCGCAGCGUGCAACUUUGGAUGCGAGUGCCACAUGUUCGACGUCGAACCGGUCUGUGGGAACAACGGGCUCACGUACUUCAGCCCUUGUCACGCUGGGUGUACGGCUUUUUCGUCCAGCUCCAACUACACAAACUGUGCAUGUGUCCAAACAAACGUAACCCGGGUGUACACCGGGGCCGAAGGAGCACAGGCGCAGGCAUUGAACGCCCACGAAAACUUUGCCGAAGUAACCGUAGUUCCUGUGGCCACUGCCGGCGUUUGCAAUAAACCGUGUCGGACGAUAUAUCCGUUUCUAAUACUGUUAUUCUUUAUGACCUUUGUCGUCGCUUCAACGCAAAUGCCUCUUUUGAUGAUAGUUUUAAGAUCUGUUUCUGAGGAAGAACGUUCAUUUGCUCUGGGAAUGCAAUUUGUGAUAUUCCGUCUGUUCGGUUACAUCCCUGCACCAAUUGUCUUCGGUAACCUGAUUGAUUCGUCCUGUUUGCUAUGGAAAUCCACAUGUGGAGAAAAAGGCGGUCGAUGUUUGAUCUAUGACAUCGAGAAAUUCCGUUACAAGUAUGUCGGUCUUUGCGCAAGCAUCAAAAUUAUUGCACUAGCCAUUUUCAUUGUUGAUUGGUGGCUAGUGAGGCGAAGGAAAAAUAUGGAUAAACUCAACCCUCUGUCAGCAAACGAAAUGGUCGGAUCGAUCAUAAGUUUGGAUAAAUUAUUCGAGGAAAAGGGCAUUAUUGAAAAUCAAACGAUUCCCUUCAACGGUGAAUGCGUAUCAGGUGAAGCAAUCGGAGAUAACAAUAGCAAACGUGUGCUGAUAGCUAGUCGACAUCUGCGGAAUGAUUCUAAAUCGAUCCAGUUGGAGUACCGGUACGACGAAGCUCCACCACAGCCGUACAACCGAGCGCGAAAGCACAUCCGCAGCAAUUCGUGUGAUAUUAAAAUCCAACGGUCUAACUCAGGUACAAACCGGGAAACAGAUUUCCACGACUGGAAGCUGAAACGUUUCAUGCGUCAUCACACGCGAAACAACUCCCGAGAUUUGGAUCAGGAGCACUGUUGUCGUCAGCAGAGUGGCACAUCACAACAGGGACGUUGGAUAUCCCCGCAAGGACAGGCCAGUGACCAGUCGGCGUCCAACAUCAAGUACAUUCUGAAUCAUUUGAAGAACAAUAACGUAGAAGGGCACAGCAAAUUGAACUACAGCAACAGUUGUAGCGGAGGACACGGUGGAUACUGUGCGGCUCCGAAAAAGAAGAGACACACGAGAAACUACUCCUACGGGCAGGAGUUUUCUUUUCUGCCAAAUAAUUGCAUUAUCCGGUUGGAUAAUGAUAUUGCAAAUAAGUUCCUGUCGAAUAAUGCUGGUGGGAGCACAUCUAGAAAGAGUUCACUGUCACACGAUGUCAAUCUGUUGAAGAAUAUGAACAAGCUGAACAACUGUGGCAAACAAGACAUGAACGAUCUGAACGAGGAGCUGGAAUCCAAGUACACAAAAGGAUCGUCACCAUGCUACGGGCAUUCGAGAAACAACUCCAAAGACUUGAAUCUCCUGAACGUACAGAGUUCUGGGGAGGGCAGUGGGAUCCUUGGGGGAAUCAAGGCAUUGAUCGAGGACCCAAACAGUAUCCUGAGGCAUAGACGAGCUAAUUCGAAAGAUCUGAAAUACAGCGUUUAUCAGUCCUGUGAACCCGUUGGGAGUGCCAGCAGUAGUAGUAGUGUAAGUAACAAUGCUACUAGAAAACUGUCCACCGGUGAUGGACAUCAACAUUAUCUGCAUCAUGGGCACCUAUCGGGGUCUGGCGUUACCGGUUAUCCGUCGACUACCGGGGGAAACAGCCAAACGGAAUCUCUCCAAUUGUUGCUGGACAAGUCCUCGAAAAUCCUCGAAACACACGGUGGUACCAAUAACGACGGUGGAUCAACAUCGACCAACGUCUAGCCGACGGUACUUUUGGCCGUCGUAAGAUCUAUGUUUUCGAUGAUUCUAUCGCGUACUUGUUUGAAUUAGUAGACACAAAGUGAGGAAUAUGACGAGCGGAGUUGAGGUGCCAUAUUGCCAUGCAAUUUCCGUUUUAUAGUAGACUGUCUUUCUUUUCCGAGACUCCGAUGAUUUCUUUUCGUGCUGUUUUUUAAGUUAUGCUCGGAUAAAUCAUUCCUUUUGACCGGUGGUACCCGACGUUCCUGUUUCAGUUCCGUCCGUCAAAACGCAACGCGAUAUCUUCGAAUGGUUUCAUCAAGUAGGAAGCUUGCGGUUUGGCGGAAUCGUUGUAGUCAAACCACCCGUAGCUUAGUUAGUUAUUUUUAGUACCCGAGAAUGCAUUUUUAUACAGUAGAAAAAACCAACUCAGUUCUGUGUGGAUCGUGGAAUGAAAAUAUUUGAUUACUUCGAGACCAGUAACAGUCAUUGAUGCUUAAUUAAGUUCAAUGUGAAACUACUUGCUUACCUUUCCUGCCUGGGAUGUUACUUGUUCUGCAUCUGAAGCAAAUUACAGGGUCCGGCACUCGAAGUGUAACCAAUUAAAAAGGCCAUAAAUUCAGUUUGGAAAAUUACUUUUACUCAAUUCAAAGUACAAAAUGUGUAAAAAUAAUACAAAAUUCAGAAUCAAUUCACUUUUGCUCAAUAUGACCACCUUUUGCCUUGACUAUGGCCUUGAGACGGUCAAAAAACGAAUCGCAAGCUGCGCGAAUGUGACUUGCAGGUGUAUUUUGGCCCACUCGCGGACAAUAACUAUUUUCAGCGCCUCGAGACUGGUGUACCUUUAGUUCGGACUUUGCUCUCCAAAAUGGCCCAAAGAGAAUAAUCCAUUGGAUUCGCAUCUGGUGAAUUCGAGAGCCAUUGUGUGGACGUGAUGAAGUUCGGAACGUUGUUUUUCAGCCAUUCUUGGUUCACUCGAGCUUUGUGAGACGGUGCCGAGUCCUGCUGAAACGUCCAUGGUCUGCCACCGAAAUGUUUGUCUGCCCACGGCUUCAAAGCAACCUCCAGAAUUCUUUCCCGAUAGUAUGUCGCAUUUACCUUGACGCCAGGCUCGAAGGUCUGAAGUUGGCUACACUUCGAGUGCCGGACCCUGUAUAGUUAUUAGAUUACUACCUGGAUUUAUGUUUGAAAAAUAAUUCCAUCUAAAAACGAUAUAUAGUGCUGAAAAUAUUAUUACCUUGAUAUGUAUGAAUAAAUCUGAACUGAUUUAUUGAUUGCUAAUCAGCUAAAAUUUUAUCGAUAUCAACAAUUAGUAUUGAUGAUUCAGUACUCUAAUUUCCGUACAGAGAUUUUGUAGACCAAUGUUUCUACUUUUAUUCAUCAAAAUUCAAUUGAUUUUCACGGUUGGAUCGUCAAAGAGCUAGCAGCUUUUCGAUCGUUCCUCAUCAAAUGACCACAAAAGUUGAAACCAAAGAGAAAUAGAGCAACAUUAAUAGUAAUAAUAAUAUCGAUCGUCAAACGAUGUUCGUCUUUAAUGCAUUUGAAACCAAUCUGCUUGGUAUAAAUUCCAUUCCAUUGGUUUCCAUCAUUGUCUCAAUUGUAGAGAUUGUAGAUUGACGAUUAUUUAUCGACGAAAUAGCUAGAUUGAAAAGAGUUUUAAAAAUUUUUCCAGCAAUGUGAACACAAUCAAGAAUUAAAUCAAAUCCUCAUAUCAAGUGAGAGAUACUGAGAGGCUUCAUGGUUGUCUAUCAGGAAGAGAAUUCGGCAAAUGGCCAUGGGAAAAUUUCACAAAUUCAUAUAUAUUUGAAAGAAUGUUGCGGUUUUUUUAAUAUUGUUUCGUAAACCAUGUAAAAAUGUUGUUCCUUACAACUAAAAAAGACAUUUUCCUUCGCCACGAUAGCUCGUAAACUAAAUCGCAAACAACCUUAAAGCUAAUUUCCCGAAGAACCAGUUAAAAUUUUGUGUAAACAUUAAAAACAACUAGAUAAAGGGUAUUCCGAUCAAAAAUUGGCCAAACAAGAAUGUGUGUGAAUGGGUCAACCAUUGUAUUAUAAAAUAAAUCGUGUAUCUUUUUCGAGUUCAAUGCGAAUGGGAAUUUUCUUUCGUUUGACUCUUUUCUUCAAGUUGCACUUUUCUCACUGCAGAACACCAGUUUAUCUUGAUCCUCUUCUCGCUGUCAACUAUCAUUUGCGUCUUCUGAGGUUCCGCUUGAGAAUUACUCAAUACUUUCCUAAUGUACGGGGCUCUGGUGUCUUCGAAGGGUUCGUAUCCUUGGACACCACGUGGAUGUUGUUCUUAGCAUACCACUACAUGGACUUUUUCUAUAAUGACUAGAUGCCAAAUCCUGUCAAAGAUCUGUACAUUAAGCAAAUAUGAAGUGCAAAUGAAUUAUAACUUUCAUAUGAAUUGUAAUUGAAUUUCUAUCAUUGGCUGAGAGGCUUCUUAGAUUCACCAAAAUAAGAAGAUACAUUUCAUCUUGGAAAAAGAAACCAGUUGUCUGGUCCUGUCCUGAGUUCUAAGAAGUUUCCAGUUGCAGGUAGAGUACGAUUUAAUUAAAUUUAAGAUUAUUGAACGAAACUCUUGCUGUUGCAUGGUUUUGCUCUUUGUGUUCUGACAAGAAUGAAAAGAUUCAAAACAACUCGAAACUAAGUUUAAAAAAAGUCAAAUAAUCGGUAGUUUUUAAUUUCGUAUAGACAUGAUGCUACUCAGUAAAUCCGAACAUCAGACGCAUCGUACACAAAAGCUUUUGAUUGCGUUUCAAGCAAGAUUAAAGCAUAUAUCUCGGUUAAUUUUUCAAAAGGGCGUAUAAGCAAGUGACAGUUUCUCUUUGUUUACUUUCUCUUCUAUUAAUUACCAAGCGGUUUCCACAUUUAUCUCUCAACUCUGCAUGAAAUGAUACCCGAAACUUUCGACUUUCAAACAGAAUAGUGAUAUCAAAGAAAAUCUUUUUAAUCACAUCACAAUAAUCGAAAGAGAGAGUGAUUAAAGAGAAACAGUCCUAAUGAAAAAUCAACCGAGAUAUUGUGUAUCGUUAUAACAAAACAGUGAAGAUACGAGGUCUGUUCAAAAAGUUCCCGGAAUUUUUUAAUUGCGCGCGUCUGGAGAGUCCGGUCGUCAAAAUUUUUUUUAUUGUGUUGGUACAUAUGUCCCUAAUGUAUGGUGAAAUUUUCAGCUGUAUUCAUUGUUUACAUUCUGUCUUGUAGCGGCUGGUGUAGACGUGUUUUUUUGAGCUCGGCGAUUUUUGUUAGCUUAAACAAUGGAAGAAUUGAAGAAUUUGUAUUAAGUUUUGCGUGAAAAAUGAAAUAAAGUGUAACCAAGUGUGCGAAAUGUUACAGAGAGCCUACGGUGAGUCUGCUAUGAAAAGCGACGGAUGCCUGAUACUCAGAGGAUGGGAUAUAUCUGAGUUGGAUUUUCCAUAGGCCUGUUAUUCUGGUCCUGGUUAAGGCGAAUGACCUUAAGGUUGAAACCUCCAUGAUCAAAAUGAAAUAAACGUCUGCUCGAAAAUGCCUUGUUUGGUAUCUCAUCGCUUUUUUGCUCUAGAGAUACAUACUGAAAGCGUAAAGCUUUUUCAAGUUGACGAGGUUGAUGCAAAUAGUGCAGAAUUGUGCGAUGACGGCCCGAUUGCAGCACUACGAUCGGGCCAGUAUCGUGCUCAAUCGGUCCAAUAAUCGAGUCUAUGAUCGGACCGAUGUGGGUCGACAAAAUCCACUGGGUAUCCACAUACCUUUGGAAUGAGGGGUGUGCAGUUUCGUUUAUGCUCGUUGAAAAAAAUAUGUGGCAAGUUGAAGCAGACUAGUUUCUGUUCGGAACACCUUCUUAUUAACAUUUUCGAUUAAUGGAAUUUCGUUGAGAUACGAGAUUGCUGUUAUUGUUCUAGAAAAGUUCAAACCACAUAAAUAAUCGCUUGUAAAACGUUCAAGUUUCUGUUUGACAUUUUGACUCUUCAGAGUUUACUGCUUUGCGAUAUAUUUUUAUUAUGUUAGUCUUGCUAGUAUGACUCCGGAUCUAAGGAUUACAAAAUUAACACACACGUGUUUAAUCUCUGGACCGGUUCCAACUGAAAAUUUUGGACUUAAAAUUAAGAAAUCCCAGGUUGUUGUGCGUUACAAAUUUUCUGUGUAUCCUGAACUUCUAAUGUAAAAUAAUGGCGAAGGAUUUCUCCCGUUGUCUUCCAUGACCAGUUCCUGAAAGGUGAUUUUUUGAUUUAUGAAAAAGCAAUCAAAAUAAGGGAAACUUUUUCUAAUGUACGAUUCUCCUUCCGUCACUGUCAGCGGAACGUCAGCUUCCGUCAAAAUUAGUUUGAUACUUUCUUUAUCGGAACGUUGACGGAGAGUCUGAAUCGUACUUAAUAGUGAUGGUAGUUUUAUUUUCAUCGACCAAUCUUUUCCAUGCCUUUUUCCUUUUAAAGAUAGUUUCGAUUAAACGCUUCAGAUUAGAGAUGCGCAAUCCGUUCGCAAACGAUUCAAAAGAACUAGUUCAUCUAUAAGAAUGCGUGAACAAAAGUUUUUUGUUGAACAACGAUAGUUCCCUAACCUUUUCAAAAGAAAUAAAAAUGAUUAAAUACUAUAAAAAAUGUAUUAAUAACUGUAUAUUUCGAAACGGUUUUCGGAAUGCAGUUGAUUUUGUAUAUAUUUAGCUGCCUUUGGAAAAGUGAACAAAAGUGAACGAUUGCUACUUUAAAUACAUGCGAAAAAGUUCACUAUUAAAGAGUUGGUCACCAAGGUAAUAUAAUUAAAUGCUCUCAUAUGGUCUUCGCAGAAACACAACAUUUCUAAAGAACAAAUGAACGGCUCAGGAGAACUAGUUCUUUCGGUAGCUCUGAACGGUUUUCCGAAAUGAACUGUUUUGCCCAUCGCUACUUCAGAUUGCUCUCACAGAGUAAGAAUUGUGAAUUGUGGAAACGAGAUUCAUGUUCAAUCGACAACACAACCGAAUCCGCUUUAUUCGUGCUCUUUGUUUCAUUUCCCCGCUCAUUCGUUUUUGGUUUUGAGCGACUCAUUGUGCAGUAUCGAUAUUCAACCGAGGCUUCAAGAGUUGAUAAUGACCAAAAUUGCUUCAUGAUUAUUCCGUUGUUGCUUGUAUCUUAUUAAUAUGAUUUUGACACAUGUUCACUGCGUCUCAGGUGCUAUACAAACUGCGAAUCGAAUUAUGUUCAUUCCCGUUCUAUACACACAAUUCAAUACGUACGAAAAACCGCUCAGUACGAUUAGUAAGUUCCCAUCGUUUAAAAAACAAAAGUAGCAUCAUACAGCACGAACUGAACCGGAGAGCACGAGGAAUUAGUAACGUAAUGGAAUGAAGAGGCAAUAGAAAACAAGACGUAACUUACAAAAUAAAAUAAUUAAUUGAGUAAAAAUAAACACAAACAACCUUCCAAGUAUUCCUACAAGAAAAUUUAAUAAACUUUUAGUGCAACAGAUGAAUUUUAUAAAAUACGGAUGGAUGACUGCGGUCAUCACUCUAGUAAUAGUUGAAAACGAAUUAUAGAAAAAAAAAUAAUUGCCUAAUUUAUUGAACACGUGAGAUCACAUAACCACUAUGAGAAAAUCAAGAGAAACAGAGAUCAAGUACUAAAACAGAAGAAGUAACAUGAAUAAAAAUAAGUCAAAAGAAUUCAAUAUUUUUAUAUAAAUACCUAUUAAAGCAAACAACAAAAUGCAACUAAUUGUUAUACAUUAUUGAAAACAAACAAAAAAUGUUCACAGCUGCUUGAAAACAAACAGACGAAUGAAUCUGAAAGCAGAAGUUUAUGAUCGUGUUUUAGUAUCUACGGAUAAUUUUUUUCAAAUGCCGCAAAAUACGAGAUGGAAAGUCAAUUUAGGUGUGACUAGAGGGAUUAGCAUUAAGAUUGAAUAAUUAGGGCACUACAGUAACAUUAAGCAAAAACCGAUGGAAGGUUGAUGGUUUAGAAUGAAUCCAAGAAUAUAACACAAAAAAGAAAACGAGUGUAAACUAGGAGCUGUGAAAUUACUCUAGGUAAAAUGGGUGGGACAGAAGAAUGCCGUGGUAGGAAUGAAUAAGGUGCAUAUGAAAUGUGUUCGAAGUUGUUGAUUAUUAGCAAAAAUACCACUAGUGCAUAAAGCAUAGAUCCGACAUAGAUGGGCUAGAAAUUUGAUUUGAUCUGAAUAAUACUGUCACAUAGCAGUCGUAUCUUUUUUUCGUCUUUUUUAGUAUGUAUUCACCAAAUACAAGUAGGAGAUCUUCAAUUGAGAAAUUAGAGAAUUUGCUAUAGACAAAGGGAGGGUGCUCCCUUUUCUCGAGUGUACAGAUCAAACAACUAUCUUUAAAACGAGUUUUGUGUGGUUUUCACUUGAAUUAGAAGAUAGGUUGUUGGUCCUGUUCGCCACUACACUGCAUUAAUACUAGCCAUGCAUAUAUAUGUUGUUCAGUGGUUCUAUUAAGUGUAGAUUAAACACUAUAAGGUUAGGUUCCCAAAUAAAAAUCAAUCAAAGAAUGUUGAAUUAGUUGGUUUAAGAACAAGAAUUGUAGAAUUUGUCUCACAUUAACCAAAUUUGAAUUACCUAAAAUUUAUGACAAAGCUACUAAUUUGGCAACACUGUACUUUGAAAUUAUACAUUUAGAUCUGGGAACACUAUAUCUAUAUGAGAUUGUGAGAAACGCAACGGAAAAGCAAACAUAUCGUGUACAACAGAACAGAAAACUGUAAAGCAUCUAACAGAUUACUUAUUUUUAUCAGAAAUACAAAACAAGCAAAGGUACAACCGAAAGCAAUGUUUCCAAUCUCCCGACAGGGUAGUCUAAGCGAACAAAUCGAGCAUGCGUCAACCAUUAAGUUUUCCUCCUGAAAUCAGCUAGCUGUUCAAAAUGAUAGGUGUACAAAUGAUAUGUUCAUUUUAUUAACACAAAUCGCCACGUUUACACACAUACAAACUCAAUACUAGAACAAAACAUCGCUGUCAAUUAGACUAUGAGCUAUUUUCAUGCUGUGUACUGAAUACUUGAGAAUAUCUAUGGACCGCCCCGGUGCACCUACUCUACUUGGCAAUGCAAACCCAAAAACCACGAUUGCGAUAGGAAUGGAUAUGAAUAUGGUAUGACGAAUUGCUGACUAUAACUAGGGACGAAUAAUAAAUCAAUUUAUAUGAA